AUAAAACGUGGGGACAAGAAUUGGUAUAAAAUGACGGCUAGUUUGCUUCCUCCUAACAAAACCUCCUCUCGCCUUUUUCAAGAUGGCAGCAGCUCCUUCUACCCUCGUCUUCCUCAAGUUCAUCCCAGGGAGCGCACCCUUGGCGUCUGAGGAGCUGCCGCACGAGCGCCCAAUCAACAGGUCCAUUCUCGCAGACAUAGCGCCGGAUCGCGAAGAUACUCUGAAAAGCCAUGCCACUACCACCGAGCAGCUUCGCCAAAGCCUCAGACUCAGGUCUGUAUCACCGCAGACGUACGUUUCCUCGUAAGUAUCUAUUUCUAAUUCUUGAUGUCUAAUUGUGAGGCU